UUGUGCAUUCCAAAUCAGAAAGAAAAAUGGCUUCCUCUCAUUACCAUGCCCGCUCUGUCAGCUUUCCCUCUAGAUCUCAUCUGCUCAUUCCCCAAUUCAAUGAGCAUUUGUGCAGAGUGACGUUUUCUGAGUCUACCUCUUAUUCCUUGCCAUCAACAAGCGACAGACUAAGUGGCCUUGAAGGUUUGUAUGACUGUGUUGAUGAUUUGCUUCUACUGCCACACACUCAACAAAGCAUGGCCCAACAAUGCCAUGAGAAAUGGGUUGAUGAGGCGUUGGACAGUUACCUCAAGCUCUUGGAUGCUUGCGCAGCCACUAAAGACAUCAUCUCAAAGUCCAAGGAAGAUGUGAUAGAACUUCUUUCAAUCCUUCGCAGAAAAAGGGAUGCGAGUAGCUUUGGGGGGUACUUAACUUCUAGAAAGAAGGCAAAGAAGAUCAUCCAGAAGUUGCUUAAGGAUUUGAAAAGUAUCAGAAACAAAAACAUGGCGAUAAACUUAGAUAAAGACCAUGGAGCUGUUGCUAUUUUUAGCACAUUAAAAGAGGUUGAAUCAGUCACUCUUGCAGUAUUGGAGUCCUUGUUGUCCUAUGCUGCGGGAACAAAGGUGCAAUCAAGGCGAAGUGGCUGGUCUUUGGUUUCCAAACUGAUGCACCAGAAGAGUACUGUGGCAUGUCAAGCCAAAGAAACAGAUAUCAAUGAGUUCGAGAAGGUUGAUGCUGCAGUGCACUCACUCAUUAGCCACAAGCCAAGAAAAUCUGAUGACAACAAGAUUGUGCAAAACCAGCUAGAAAAGUUGGAGUUGAGCAUACAAGAUCUUGAAGAAGUUCUAGGGCGCUUGCUCAGGCAUUUAAUUAAAACCAGAGUUUCCCUCCUCCACAUUCUCAACCACUAGCCUAGAAAAUUUUGAUGUCACAGAUACUUGAAAUGUAAAUGAGAAAUAUACUUGUAAA